AUUAAUCAUAUUUUGCUUUUUUGAUUAUAUGCAAUGAAAAUUUAUUUCAGUGAUGCGAUAAAUGGACUCACUAAUGCAAGACUGCAAUUUAGUUCUUGUUUGUUUACGUCUGUAACUGUAAUGUGUAACUCGCAGGUGUUUCAAUUUUUAGUUAAAUUAAAAAGAAUUUAGAGUAGAAUCGUGGAAAUGAGUGUUUCGUAUUUUCUAUAGAAUUUCCUUCAAAAAUAUUUUAUGCUGGAUAUUUUUUGGAGUUUACACAUUAUUAUUAGAUUACUUUGCGAUUACUAAAGUAAAAUGAAGAUAAAUGAAAAGAAUUUGAUAAAUUUUGCUGUUUCUAAAUCCUGUAUUGAUCGAGAAGGUUGGCUUGGCAAACGAGGAGAAGUUAACAAGAGUUUUCAAAAGAGAUGGUUUGUUUUAAAAGGAAAUCUUCUUUUUUACUUUGAAAAAAGGGACGAUAAAGAGCCUGUUGGUUUGAUUAUUCUUGAAGGUUGCACUGUUGAACUAGCAGAGAAUGAAGAGAUUUAUGCAUUUAAGCUUGUUUUCCAUGGUGCAGGAAACAGAACAUACAUUUUAUGUGCUAAGAGUCAGGAAAAUAUGGAACAGUGGAUGAAAGCUCUUGCAUCUGCCAGUUAUGAUUAUGUUAAAUUAAUGGUUGGAGAACUUCAGCGACAGUUGGAUGAAGUUACAGAAAUGGAAAAACAAGCCAUUUCUUCCGUACCAAAUCGUAUAAAGAGUACUCAAAUUCCUUCUAAUAAGUCAGAUGGUUGUCUUUUUGGGCACGCUGCAGCUGGUGGUCGUGCUCCUAGAUUCAACCCUUUUGACAAAUGGAAAAAUGAUGGCAAUGCGGAAAGCGGUACAUAUUUUUCUGGAGCAUCCACUAUGGCUACUGCAUCAUCAGAAGAUGAUCUUCUUCAUCAUAGCGCUGGUGGCAGAGUCAAAGGUUCCCGACAGAGGUAUCUCUUUCUUGAACUGCAUGAGUAUUAUGGUCAAAUUUUUCGCCCAAUAUUUAAAGAGCACAAGGCAAAGAAGGCUGCUUUAAAAGCAAGCUCAGAACAUCCUGUAGAUCUCAUAAGUUUUUCUUAACUGUUUUAUUUCUUAUGCAGUUAUUAAUAAAUGCAUGCAUAGAGAAAAAUUAUUUAUUAAAAAAGUUAAUUAUGAAUGUUACAAACUAAAAAUUUAUAUUUUUGUUAGUAUGAAUGUUUUCUAAUUACAUCAGCUACUAGGACUUCUAAUACAAUUUUUUUAUAUAUUAUUUUUUGGAGAGUUAUCUUAAUCUGCUUUUAAUAUAGUUUUUAUGUACUUAUAAAUCAUUAUUUUAAUAAUUCAUUUAUUAAUUGCAUAAUUAAAUUUAUUUAAGCCUAUCUCAAUAACAAUGAAUGUUUCUCUGUGUUGAUGCUUUAUCUUAUAAGUCUUUUUUAUUAUAUAUUUUACAGUGCAAGUUCCCUUUUAUUGUACUUUUGUAAAAUACGUUACUUAUGCUAAAAGAAAAAUUCUAAAUAUACUGUCUGAAUAACAGCAAAAAUAAUUGCCAAAGCAAUCUAUUAUUAAAAAAAAAAAAGAUAAGAUUGCAUACUUUUUUUCAUAAAUAUGUUGUAAGAAAUUGCUGUAUUGUAUAUUAAGAGGAACAGCAAUCUUUUUGAAAAUUUUAUGUGUCAGAGAUUAUACUACCUGAUAUUUUUUUAAUUUAAAAAAUUAUCUAUUGUGAGGAGGAGUCAGUAAAAUUAUGCUAUUCCUUAUGGAAUAGUAUAAUUUUAAUAUAAUUUGGAAGGGGAGGAAGUUGCAAGUUGAAGUGGAAAAGAUUCUUAAUAAUUGUCAAGCUUAAUUUCAUUUUUAAAUUUUAAUUGCCAUGGUCAUUUUUUUAAUUGCUGAAUCCCAAAUUAAUGUACUAGUUACAUAAUCUGCUUCUCAGAAGCCCUGCAACCAAAAGGAAAAUAGUAUGCUUAUGGACUAAUGCUUUUUUAAGCAUUGAAGUUUAAAAAUAACACUUUUUUACCCUUUCUAUGAAUUGUUACUUUUAUUAUUUUCUUCGAUGACAGUAAGUAAAUAGAUUAAGAAAAGGGAAAAAAUAACCUAUUUUAAAACUUCUGAAAUUUAAGUAAUAACCAUAAGAAAUUGUCUGUUUAUUAUUAAUGCUGAUUCAUAUUUAUAUGAUAUCAAUUAUAUUAUGUAAAUUUUAUUUUAAAAAUCAUUAGAUAUUUUGCUGGAUAUAAAAAAGAUAUAGUGUCUUUAUACAACAUAAGACAGUCUAUAAUUAAAUGACUUGUAAUAUUAUAUUUAUCAAGUAAUUUUGACAUGCGAGUUGAUUUCAUUAAGAGUCUCACAAUUUUAAGCCUGGAAAAGAUUAUGAAUGAAGAAAAUUUAAUCACUUUAUCAUUGUGUCUCAGCAUUAUAUGAACAUUGAAUUUAUAUCUGAAAUUUAUAAUCUGAAAUUAUGUCAUUCAAAGAAACUAUAAUUUGACUUUAAAAUUACACAUAAUCAUAUGAAGUGGUCUUUCUUAAUUGAUUCAGUAGGGCAACACAUUCUUGAAGGAGACAGUGUCAUCUGAUUACAUAAUAUUAAUAAUAAUAAACAUUUAAAUAUUUAAGGAGUCCUAGUAUAAACUAACAAAGGUUUUUGACUUAUCCAUUUUUACUAAUUAUCAGUGCUUAUGAAAAUUAUUUCAUUAAAAAAAGAUCCAGUGACUAUUCAUUGUAAAUUUUUCAUUAUAAAAGACUUCCAUAUGAAUUGUGCCAAACAAUGAACUGUUUUAGUGGAACUGGGAAACAUUCUUAUAAAAGGAAAUAAUAUGUUUCAAAUUUUUCAUCAUUCCAUCAGUUCUUUUUUAUAAUGUUGUGCUAUGUAUAUAUUUGGAAAUGUUCAUUAGAAAUGUUGCAGUUUUUUAUUCUGUUGAUAAAUUUUGUUAUGAGCACUUCAUAUUUUAUGUUAUUCAGAUAAGUGAGUGUAUUUUUAAAAACUUAUCUGCUAGUGCUAAAAAAUAGGUUUGCAAUUUUGGCUACUUAAAGUGACAGAAUAAUUAUCGACAGUCUAUAUGAUCAUCUUGUUAGCGGAUUACAACUGCUGUAAGCUUGUUAAGUCUGGUCCACUUUUGUAACUAUAGUUGAGUGUUUGAACAGAAAUCUUUGUAAUAUAAGUAGAAAAUUUAAUAGCAGUUUAACUUCACUUGCUUGACUUCACAUAAAUAUUUAUCUUUUCUUGCCAUUUUUUUUUUUAAUUAUGUAAAAUAAAUUAAUGAGCUAAAAGUUUGUGUUUUAGGGAUGGAUGUUUAUCUUAUCAAAAUAAAUCAAAGAUAAUAGCUACAAAGGAGGACAUAAAAUGAUAAUGACAGAGCGAAAGGUUUUUAUUUUUCUGUAAUACCAUAACUACAGAGAAUCUUAAAAAUGUUCUUAUCAAAGCUAGUAAAAUACUUGAAACGAUAAUGUAAUUCAAUCUUCAUAUAUUUCAAUUCAUUUAAUAAAAAGUUUUUUUUUUUUUCACCUACUCAUCAGCUGAAAAUUUACCUUUCAUAUAAAAAGAAGUAAAUAUUUAUGUAUAAACAUAUAUUUUUUAAGCAGUUUCUUGGCCAAAGCGAGAAGACACUUUUGAAUUUUUAAACUCAAUAUAUUCUAUCCCGGGAGCCAUAAUUUAUGUACAAGCUCUUGUUUGUACAUAAAUUAUGGCAUAAAUUAUUGACGAGAUAUGUCGGUCCAUGACACAAGAGAAGAGCACAAAAUGUUUUUCUCUAUUGAUUUUAUGCUAUGAGAUUCUGAUUGGUAUUUCUUUGACAUGUGUUAAUUUAGGUAAGAGAAGUAUAGGUAUCAUUUAAAAGAAUUUGCUUAGCAUGACAAAUUCUCUUCAAUCAAAGCAUGGGAACUUGCUGAUUAAAGCAGUUUUACAGAACUUGCAUAAGAUUAAUUAAAUAAAAAAGGUGGAAUUGGAUCUGGAAAUAAAGUUACCUUUUUAGAAUGAAAUUAAUAUAGGUUUAAAAUAAGAUAAAAAUUAUUAAAUUAAGGUUUUAAAUUAGAUUAAGAGAUAUCAUUACAUAUAUGCAAUACUUCAGUUCAACAAUCCAUGCCAAGUUCUGCCAGUGUUUUAUCUGAUACUGUCCUGCAUAUCUCAUUUUCUUGUAUUUAAAAUAUGUUUAAUAUCAGCCUUUUUUUUUUAAGUUAUGCUAAUUGCUUACCCUUGAAUUAAAAAAUAUGAAUUUGAAUCCCUCUCCAUCAUAAUAUAGGUGUAUAAUAUCAACAUUGCUUCUAUUUUAUUUCUUCUGUAUUAAUUCCUUGAUUAUUAUUUGUUGUUAUUUGCUGAAUUGUUGGUAUUCUGAACUUAAUCUCAUAAAAUGAUAAAUUCCAUUAUCCAGUUCAUCUGUUAUUGGAUUUGUAAUUAAUCAACAAUCCAGUCUGUUGAGGGACUUAAAAAUGUUAUAUCUCAUUAAAGGCUUAUUAUUCUUAUUGUAGCAUAAUAAAUUUUGAGAGUAAAAACUGAGGAGUUUGAAGUCUAACCAUAAUUUAGAAUUGUGAUAUUCAUGUCCAAUAACCCUUUGCUUUUUGAAAGUAGGAAAUUUAUCUGAAAAAUUAUGAGCCUACCUCUCAUGUUAGCUUUAUUCUACACGUACAAGUCUUUUUAUGUCUAGCAUAUAUUUGCAUACAAUGUUCUGUAGACAAUAGCCUACAGAAUUGAUUGAAUCAUUCUUCUCCUUCCGAUCAAAACAAGCUGAAUUUAAAUUAUAAUAUGUAAUUAUUACACAACUAAAAUAAAAAGAUUUAUACUAUUUUGAUUUAUGCUAAUUUAUUACGAAGAUAUACAGAGCUUAAAUAAAGAGUGAAAGAAUUUGAAAAAGUAGAGGGAAUGAUUGAUUGAAAUAGUUCUUCAAAUGAGAACCAGGCCAGAAACUAUUUUGCAUUUCAGUCUUGCUUAAAUUUAUACCAAAAUGCCAAAAAUAAUUCUAGGGUAUAAUUCAAGUAUGAAUAAUGGAAUAAUUAAUGGCUGUUACUUAUAUUUAUUCUAAAACAUUCUUAGUAGUUGUGCUAUUGCAUUUUCAUAUGUUCAUUAAGUUCAUAAAUAUAUUUGUGCAUGCAUAAAAACAGAACAAAAGAAGACGGUGAACAAAUUGUAACAUUAUGAUGAUCUUCCUGAACUGUGUUUGGUUACUAGAGUUUUUAAUAAGAUAUAGAAUGUUCUUCCAAUAUUAAUGUGUUUUCCAAUUAAUGUCAGUAUAUUGUUAAAGAUAGCAUAGUAACGUUUUUUUUUUCCGCUAAACAAUUUCGUAAAUCAGUUUUUAUUUUAUGAUUAACAAUAAAUGCUAUCCAUUACAUUAGCCUUUUUCCAUUGUAUCAAAGUCAUUGAUAUGAAACAUUUAAAAUCUUGUAAAAGUUAUUAAAUAUUCAUAAAAGGUAAUUAAACAUCUUUUUAUUGUAUUUGUGUACCAAUUCUUUUUAAAAAAAAUUCUGAUUGGUUUAUAUUUUUAUUUGUACUAAAAUUUAUUUUCAUAUUUGCUUUUAACAAACAGAUGUGUAUUUUAUUAUGCCAAAUGUUAAUUACAAGAUUAUUAUUUCAAAAAAUAUUAAAAUUAUAAAAUGUUUAUUAUCAUAUAAUGAACUUUUACUGAUUGUUAUGUUGUUAAUUGUGAUAAUGAAUGUUUUCUAUUUUUAAUGCUCUGUCACUUUGAUUUCACAAUUCAUCUUUGAUAUCUCUCAAGUAGUGGUCCAAUAAAUAUUUGCUUGUAUGUGCAUAAGUCAUUUUCUAAUAAGGAAUAGUUAUUAUUCCCAUAUAGUAAAAUAAUGAACUUUAGCUUCUUAUGAGCAUUAAAAUAAAUUAAUGAAGCAUUCAAUUAAUUUGCUUUAGUAGUCAAGAAAAGUAGUCUAAAAUAAUGAUACACUUUUAUAAAUCAAAAUAUACUAUAAUUUUCAAAUAUCUUAAAAAGUAUCAUAGAUUAAACAAGUCGUCUUAGUAAAAUAGUCUGAAUGUAAAAAUAUUUGAAAGAUGUAUUUAAUGAAAAUUUUUGUUUGCUUUACUUGCCUUCGUUUUUGUAUUCUUUAAUAAAAUCAUGUAUUCAUAAUAAUAAAAAAAUACCAUUUAUUCAUCAAUCAUAUGUAUAUUUACAAAUUUUCACUAUUGUAUUGCUUGUUAUAUGUUAUAUAAUUGAUAAAAUUUAUGUUAACAUAAUAUUUAUCACUUUAUUAUAUGUUAUGAAUGAAAGUAAGGCUUCCUCAAAAGUGAAAUUUGCCCCUGCUUUCCAAUAAUGAGACCUUGUUUUGUUUUGAAGAAAAAAUUACCUGAACAACCUUGCCUUUAAGAAAUAUUAAACAAGUGAAUUUUAUAAUUAUUCAUCAUCUCUACUGUGGGAUUUUUAAAUGUCUUUUGUUUUAUCUUGAGGUAUCCUUUAGUAGCGCUGCAAAAUCAUAUUGAAUGUCUAUAAAUUUCAGAAUCGAGAAAUAAAGUAUGUAGGGCUAUAUAAAUUUGUGGUCUUGAAAUUUUAAAAAAAUAUAUCAUGCAGUAAUAUUUUGGAAUAAAAAUUAUAGAAAAAAUUAAAUUUUAUUAUUUUUUUAGUUGCAUGAGAUUACAUUUUUUAAGUUACAGAAGUUCUCUGUUUCAUUAUUUUGUUUUAAAUAGUUGUUGUACUUCCAGAGUACUAAAUAAUGUAAUGAUGCUUUUUUUGUAUCAACAUUUAUUGAACUGCCUUAUGUUUUCAUUUUUUAUUUUAAGGGGUACAUCUAUAGAAUACAGCUCCAAAAUUGGCUACUACCAUUAUGAUAUUUAUUUCUUUUACCCCUAUGCUCAUAUUUUUCAACUUCUGUUUAUAAAAAUGUAAUAUGAACUAAGACUUAGCUUUACAAGACCAAGUGUACUUGUAUCUGUUUUUCUUGAUAAAGUAUUGAUGCUUAUAAAUGUUU